CAACACUCCGGUCCAAUAGGUGGCGGUAGUGCUCGUAAAGGCUGUCUACCAACAGAACAAGGAGAAGGAGAAGGAGAGCACCGCAGAGUGACUGAAACUGGAAGAGGACACUUUCAACGUAGCUAGCAUAACUGAUAAAAGCAUAAAUGGAUCUAACUGAACAGAUCAACCAGUUGGAGGCAGAUUUGGUGGAGCUGGGGUCACUCCUGGAGAAGGCGGAGAGGAAAACAGUGCAGGAGCUGCUACAGCAGGAGCAGAAGAAAGUGGAGAAAGAGCUUGCUGUGAAAAGACAACAGAAGGAGAAACAAGCCAGGAGAGAGGCAGACCCAACUGCUGCCUCCAAAGCAGCAUACACAGUCAAGAUCACCAACUAUGCAUGGGACCAGUCAGACAAAUUUGUCAAAAUCUACCUUACAUUGAAGGAUCUGCACAAAAUCCCACCAGAGAAUGUGGAGGUCAACUUUACAGAAAGGUCAUUUUCGGUGUUGGUAAAGGAUCUCGAUGGGAAAAAUCAUCAGAUGACAAUGGUCAACAUGUUAUGUCCAAUCAAUGAGAAGGACAGCUACAAAAAGAUAAAAACAGACAUGCUCCUGGUUAUGUGCAAGAAGCAAACAACAAAUAAUUGGGAGUGCCUAACGAAGUUGGAAAAGCAGACAAAAGACAAAGAUAAACCCAAUGUUGAAGCAAAUGCAGACCCUAGCGAUGGCCUGAUGAGCAUGCUGAAGAAGAUUUACUCAGAUGGAGAUGAUGAGAUGAAGAGAACCAUCAACAAAGCCUGGUCAGAGUCCCAAGAGAAGAAAGUUCGAGGAGCCGGAGAAGACAUGAUGGACUUCUGAAAUGAUUCACUGCAUUUCCACACCAGGAUCAAGUGAGAGCAGCCAGAGAAGCACCUGACAUGACUUGAAUACUAAAUGUUAUUGAGUGAAGUCCAACAUAUAAUUCAUAUUCCAACGAAAAGAAAAAUGUGUACAGCUCAUAAAUAAGGUCUGGGAACAAUGUCCAAGCUCUUGGUUGUCCCACUUUUGGCCUAGCUUUCGUCACCCAAUGUCCUGAGUAGUCAAACAGUUUUUCUUCAGAUUCAUAUGUGUUGGUAAUUCAAAGUUUUAAUUGGACAUGGGUAAAUAAAAUAUGUGAGACGGGUGGUGGCAAGUCACAUCUUCAUUUUUGUUCCUGUGCUGCUAAACUGAGCUGAUAGUUAAGAUAUUCCAAGUGUAGCGUACAUCUGCCAAAGUCAUGCUCAUAUUCCUUUAAAGAAGACAACAAGAUGGCUCCUUCAACUAUGUGCUUCGUUUCAAUGUCUUCUUCACAUGCACAUUUUAUUUUUGUCAUUCCAAAUAUGUUUCAAUUAAAACCUGCAAAGAGAGUACUGCUUACACAUCAAUCCAAUGUAAUAGAAAAUAUAAAUGCCUAGGUCUAUAGGUGUCUAAUGAAUUUGACCCAUUCCUGUUGCAUAACAUAAUGCUAUAAACACAUUCUAUUUUAAUUCAUUAAUAUUGUUGCUUUUUCAUGGUGUGCGACUGUUUCCUACUUUAAUCCUAUUUACAGAAUCACUGUUGGAGUUUCUUAUUUCCUUCCAGUGUUUGCGAAUAUCUAAAAUGUAUGUAUUGAUUCUGUUGAUUUUACUUUUGGCUUUGUAACAGUCUUGCAUGUGUUGUUGCUCUCCCUCAGGUUGUUCAAAAAUGUUCUCACAAAUACAGAUAUUGGAACUGG